CGACCUUGAACAUGCAGAGCAAGUUAUUUUUAGGCUAUGACGACUCCUCGCACCCGUGCAUGUUGGGGCAUGCAGCGAGGUCGCCGCUAUAUAAGUGGGGAGGAUGUGUAAAGAGGCAGCAGUCUUCGCAUCGCUUCGGGAGUGUGCGGAGCUCGCUUCAAAAUGCCUAGAUGCGUGUUCUGCUUUUUUGAUCCUCAUGAUAUCGGUGAUGAUGAGCCAUUGGAAGAGAAUUCACCAUCUUCUCCAGACAUUUCACCUGGCACAUUGCAUGCUCACGUCGAGCGAUCACAUCCCUAUGUGGACAUUUCCUUCCUGCCUUUCUUUCAAACUGAUAGCGCAUUUCGAGGUACCGUCAAAGCGUUUGUGCUAUUGGCAUCUGUUCACGAUCAGGGAGUAGAGGACUUGUGACAAUAUUUAAUGAACCACCUCCACAAUAUAAUUGCUAUUUUGCGAGCACAAAGAAUACCCUUUAGAUUUUGCAUUUGUUCUGACGUUCUAAUGAUGAAAGAAAAUCGAGGGGAUAUAACAGCCCAGCAAACCAUUAAUAUCCCUGGGACAUCCCUACAAGGUCGCGAACGUCACGAAUAUCUCGACAUCCAUAGGAUAUCUAUGGGAUAUCGCACAAUUUCAUUGCGUUUUGGGCUUACUCCAGUAAACAAUAGACGUCACAUGUAUGUUGGAAGGAUAUCGCGCUCUGGAUGUUUGAAUGUCCCAUGACAAGCAGCCUGCAGAUCCUAGGGAUGUCUAUGGGAGAUCCAGGAAAUAUUUGUUUGUCCUUAUAGAGAUGGUAACCUGAAUUAAAAACAGAGUAGUUGGUAGGAAGGGAUGUCAGAAAUGUUGUUGGGUAUACUGUGGGUUGAUGCAGAAACACAGGAAUUGCGAAGAUACAUCCUCGUCACCGUUACAAAUGGUUUAUGCCACGCUACCCCUAACGAACGUGUGUGUAACGAUUUGUAUUUCAGUAUAUGUUCCAUCCGGCUCGCAAAUAGAGGUUACUGCGGGUUUUCCCAAGUGGUCCAAGUGAGGCGGGCAGAGUUCGGCACUUAUGCUGGCGUGUCCCACGGUGUUGCUGUACUGUGAUGAAUCCUGUUAGGCUAAGGUAAUGUUUUGUUCCCAAUAGUAUCAAAUGGGUUAAAACACACAAUAAAUACUAUUUGGUGGUACACAGUUGCAGUGGUCUCUACGCACUCUACAAACACUAAAUAUGUGAUGCAAAAAAUUGUUAAAAGCAAAAUAUGUACGAUAUUCGUAACCUCCUGUAUAUAUCCAAAUAUCCGUGACAUACGUCGCAGGGACUUUCAGUGGAUCUACAAACAUGGCAGAAAUGCUAGUCGCUGGGAUAUCACAUGGAUGUAAAACGGAUCUGUGCCAAACUCCACUGGAUAUCCAAACGUCCCGGGCGAGAUAUCUUACGGAUAUUUGCUGGAUGUAUCUGGUUUGCUGGGAGCACACAUAGCUCAUUUUAUGGCGCUUGCUCGCGAAGUCCACAGCGACGGAGCUAUUGCAAAUACUUUGAUGGACGUGAUUCAGGAGUCCACCGGGCGCAUUGAAAAUUACCAGAGUGAGGGUAGUGGGUUUGUAUCCACCGACGUCCAAAAAGUUCAAAUGUGUAUUUCCGCUGUGAAAACUAAAAAGUUUCGAUGCGAGGGGGUACUUCCCACAAAUUUGGCUAAACGCACGAACGUGUUAACGAAUAUCCAUUUACCAGCACGCAAGGAGGGUGAAUGUUUUAAAUACAAUACACUCGCUCUCCUGCAUCCACAGGAAAGGAAUUCGUGGAAAAAAUGUGAAAAUUAUGCAGCAGAUUACUGGUGGCCAAGCCGCUUCCCUGUUUCAUUCUCUGAUCUGGAUGAAUUUGAAGUCCAAAACGAGAUAUCCGUGUAUGUUUACGCCUAUGUCGAUCAGGGAGUGCACGUGUCGCGACCCGCAAAACUGGAAUUCCAAAAGAAAAUUCAUCUUUUGGAGGUUGAUGAGCAUUUUUUUGGAAUAAAGUCCCUCGAACGCUUGUUGACAACAAGAAGUAACCAUUUUGUAUGCGAACGCUGCACACGCUCUUUCGUGAAGGAAGAGAGCAUGGCGAAACAUCGACGCCUUUGCACAGACAUAAACGAAAUCCUGUUGGAAUUUUGCGAGCCGGGAAAAAUUUUUAUAGAGUUUACUAAAAUACAGUACAUGCAACAGUACAACUAUGUCGUUGCGUUGGACACUGAGAGCGUACUCGCACCCAGUGGUGUUGGCAUGCAAUGUCACAUUACCUCUAGCUUCUGUGCUGUGCUCGUGCGUACCCAUGACUCAAAGGUGAUGCGCAUUAGAACACACCAUGGGGAAGAUGCGGCAAAGCAGUGUGUAAAGGCACUCAUGGAAAUGCGUGAUGAAAUGAUUGCCUUGAACGCCUGCCCCGCUGCAAUGGUGUUGAGCGAUGAACAACAGGCCAAGCACAGAGCUGCUACCCACUGUGCAUAUUGUAAACGGGAAUUCGCGAAAGACCUACCUCGUGUCCGGCAUCAUGAUCAUUCGAAGCAUUGUACUGCGGGUGAGAUAAAUUAUAUCGCGACACUGUGCAACCCCUGUAACGUCGCGUGCACUACCAGAGAAAAAUUGCCGAUCAUGGUCCACAAUUUGUCUUAUGAUCUGGCUGGACUGUUACGGGAAUUUCACGUUCUCGGGUGGAAGCGACCUCCCUUCAUUGUGGCCAGCUCCAUAGAAAAAAUUCGUUCGUUCGAAAUUGGUACCUUCCUCUUCAGAGAUACCAUGCAGUACCUAAAUUCGUCGUUGGGGGACCUCGUGGAAACCGUCAAAUCCAUGGGGGGAGCCGAGGCAUUCCAAUGCUUGAAGCAGGUAUUUGGAAAGGACUACGAAAUUUUACUUCGUAAAGGUGUAUUCCCGUACAGCUAUGUCAGUUCUUUCGCAGUUUACGAUGAAUUGACCUUGCCAGAAAAAUCCUUCUUUCGAAACGAUCUCACGGGGGAGGAUAUAAGUGAGGAGGACUACCAGUAUGCAUCGCUCGUAUUUGAACAUUUUGGGUGCUCAAAUUUGAGGGAUUAUAAUGCAUUGUACCUGAAAACGGAUGCCAUAUUACAUGCGGACGUGAUGCAGCACUUCCGACGUCUGUGCUACAGUGCGCGCGGAUUGGAAUUGCUUCAUUGUGUUUCUCUGGCAUCCUAUUCGUGGCAAUGCGCCCUAAAUUACACGCAGGCAAAAUUGGAAUUGAUCACCGAAGAGGACAUGUACAGAACCAUCGAAUCAGGCGUUAGAGGUGGGCUCUGUCAGGCGAGCAGGCGUCAUUUACAGGCUAACAACCCUCUGUGUAGUGGCUAUGAUCCCGAUAAAGAGGAGGUGUACAUAUCAUACAUAGAUUGCAACAAUCUUUAUGGAUUUAGUAUCAUAAAGCACCUCCCCGUCGGUGAUUUCGAAUGGGUCGAGGAUUUUAGCUCCGUGGAUUUUAUGCGUCACCCCACGGAUUCUGAUGUGGGGUACGUGUAUGUGUGCGACUUGGAGUAUCCAAAAUCUAUCCACGCUCUAACGCGAUACGUCCCCCUGGCUCCCGAGAAGGCGGUGGUCCCGGAGGAAUGGCUCUCGCCAUUCCAGCGAGGGCUUCUCGAAGAAUUAAUGUAUCAGCCAGCUAACAGCAAAAAGCUGCUGCUCACGUGCAAGGACAAGGUCGAGUACAUCGUUCAUUACGCACUGCUCGCACUCUACUGUAGAUUGGGCAUGAGGGUGACAAAAAUUCACCGAAUCCUAAAAUUUCGCCAGGCACCAUUUCUGCGUCCCUAUAUUGAGGACAAUGUUGCCAGGCGCAUUGCCUCGAGCACAACGUUCGAAAAAAAUUUCUAUAAACUCUCAAAUAAUGCGGUGUUCGGGAGAACGCUUUUAAAUAAAUUUAACAUGCGGGACAUUCGAGUAGCCUUCGAUGAGGAGACGGCGAGUCGCCUCGGGAGUCGGGCAGAAUGCGUGAGGAUGGAAAUUUUGUCCCCGAAUUGUGUCAUGUACGAAAUGCGCAAAAGAAAAGUGCGAUGCGAUUUCCCACUCCAGAUUGGGUUUACGAUUUUAGAACUCAGUAAAUUAACCAUGUACUCAUUCUACUAUGAAACCUUGCUGAGCAAGCUCACUUGUCCGGUGAUUACCUGUUACUUUGACACGGAUUCUCUGAUCCUUGGCCUAUUCUGCAAGGACUACGAAGAUCAGCUACGAGCGAUCGCCGACGACCAUUCAGAUUUGUCUUCCUUUGAUCGGGAUCAUCCACUGUACAGUGAAAAGAAUCGUGGAAGACUUGGGGCAUUCAAAAGCUAAACUGGUAGUGUACCUAUCGAAGAAGUAAUAUGCUUGAAAGCUAAAAUGUACUCUAUCAAACUAGCUGGAGAAAAGCAAAUUGCAAGAGCUAAAGGGGUGAAGAAAAAUAUUGUACGCAAGCACCUCCUCCAUGAGACAUACUACGAUACCUUGUUCAAUCACACGAGCGUAUCGAAUGAGCAAGUGUCAAUAGUUGGAAAGAAACAGUGCAUGUACACCAUCAGAAAUGUCAAAAGAAGUCUGAUGGCAUAUGACGACAAGCGAUACCUCUGCAAUGACAUCGAAUCCUACCCUUACGGAAGCUGUGAAUAUGAAGAUGUGCAGGAAGAGAACUGAUACUUCUGUGACAUGCUGUUCUCGCGUGCGGUCUGGGAUUGAGCCGUGGAUGGAGAAGGACGAACGCCUGGGUGAUCCACAUGGUACUUAUGCGAAAAACGCCAUGGAUGUUAAUGGAAAUGUCCAGUGUGCCUGGAAGUGCCCCAGAGAGAAGUACAAUCUCUUAGAGACUGCCAUGAUGUACUCAAUAAACAUUGAAAACUA